AUGAUCGACCUGCCCAGCCUGACGCUGCCUAAACAGAGGAUCCAGCUACGUAUGUGCCUCACUCUGGAGACGCAGAGGGUGUUAGAGCACACAUUACAGGUGUCGCCUACCUCUCUCAAGCCAGUUGAUGAAGUGCUUGACAUUCUCCAGGCUCAUAUACGUGACUCCAACAACGAGGCAUUGCGUCGGCGAGCCUUCACUAGCUGUCGGCAGGCGAGAGGCGAGCCCUUCUCCGAGUUUCUCGUCCGACUGAAGAGCCUGGCGGAGGAAUUCGACAUCUGUAAGGCUCACCACCUGGACUGUGAAGAGGCCUGGAUGAAGCACGGUAUCCUGACAGGCGUCCACGACGAGGAAUUGGUGACCAAGAUUGUGUCCCUCGACGCCGCCUCUACUCUUGCUGACGUCAUCAAUGUAUGCAGGGCCCACGAGGCGACGCGGUCAGCCGCCUCUGCCAUACGUGCCUCACCUACAGUGUCUGCUGUCUCAACGUAUAAACAGACGAAGAAAGCAGCACACAAACCUGGAAUCCUCCCUCAUCAACCUUCACCCACUCAUCGGGCACCUACCUCCUGCAGCAGCUGCGGCAGGCGAGACCACGGCCCGAAGGGCUGCCCAGCAACAGGUGUUACGUGCAGAGGUUGUGGGAAGACUGGCCACUACGCUUUGAUGCCCAAGUGCCCAGCCAGGCAGUCUACGUGCAUUGCUUGUAACCGUCUGGGGCACCUGGAGAAAGUCUGCAAGCAAACCAAGGCAAGGAGGUCUCAUGAGGGCCCACCUGAGGCCUCAUGUCAGUCUCCUAUCAGUACUCGUGAUGACCCGACACCUCCUCCUACUGUACGAGUGGAAGUGUUGCAUGACGGUCACUCUGGUGGUCUGGACUUCAUUCCUGACACUGGUGCCGACACGACGGUCAUCGGCCCACAGCACUUGAAAAUGUUGGGCAUCGACAGACAGGCUCUUGGUCCUCCUCCAUCCCUUGCCUACUACAACGCUGAUGGGACGAAGAUGUCUGCUGCCCUCGGUUCGCUCCAGGCCACACUAGUCUACGCCGAGCUGUCUUGUACGGGCUGGAUAGAUGUGCAGGGUUCGUGGAACACCCCACUUCUGUCCCGUGAACACUGUCGUGCUUUGGGGAUCGUGCCUCACGACUUCCCUGCUCAGAUUCUCUCAGCACGAGGCAGUGUCGCCAGUGUAAGGGAGGCGACAAACGCUCCAGCUCCACGUUCCAGCGUGCCUGCGUUACCUCUUCUCAGCACCACUUCCCCAGACGCAGCGAAGGAGUACUUCUUGAGGGAGUACCAGGAUGUCCUCUUGACAAAGGAUUCCACACAGGAUGCUCCACUCAAGCCGAUGUCUGGACCGCCGAUGAGGAUCCACUUACGAGACGACGCCCAGCCGUUUGCUGUCCACACGCCGAGGCUUAUUUCUUUGGCCUACAGGGACGCAGUGAAAGCUGAGCUGGACUCUAUGGUGGCACGAGGCGUUAUUGCUCCUGUUGGUGACGUCCCAUCUUAUUGGUGCCAUCCGAUGGUUGUUGUGCCGAAACCUGGUGGAGGUGUCAGGAUCACUACGGACCUGAGUAAGUUGAACGCACAAGUAUCUCGGCCUGCACACCCAUCACCCACGCCUUUUGCAGCCAUCCGGAGCGUCGAUGCCAGGGCACGCUACUUCACCACGAUUGACGCGUUGUGUGGAUAUUGGCAGAUACCCUUGCAUGAGGACGAUCAGGCCCUGACUACGUUCAUCACUCCAUAUGGGCGUUUCAAGUACCUCCGAGGUCCCAUGGGUUUCGCAGCCACAGGCGACGCCUUCCGCCUCCGAGGAGACAUCGCGCUACAGGAGUGCCACAGUGUGUCAAAGUCAUGCCGAGCCUAUGACAUCACUUUAAAUGCCAAGAAGUUUGUGCUGGCGGCUCCAUCAGUGUCCUUCUGCGGCUACAGGCUCUCCCAUGACGUCAUCGCAGCAGACCCUGACAAGGUUCGGGCCAUCACUGAGUUUGCUACGCCUGCUACGUUGACCGACCUUAGGUCCUUCAUGGGCCUUGUCAACCAGCUCGCCAGCUUCUCGCCCGACCUCGCUGCCACUGCUGCGCCUCUACGCCCACUUUUGAGCCCCAAGAAGUCGUUUGUGUGGACGCCCGACCAUGAGCAAGCCUUCCAACGUGUGAAGAUGGCCUUGGCCAGCCCACCAGUCCUUGCUGCCUUUGACCCUCUCUCCCGACGACUCUGCAGACCGAUGCUUCCCGCCUGUAUGGGCUGGGUUAUGCCUUACUGCAGGACCACGGUGGUGGACAGCAGCGUCUCAGAAUCCACGUCUACAACGCCUCAAGGAGAAGAUCGCCCGUACAUCUUCACAGCUGUAUGGCGCCCGGGCAAGGAGUUGUGUAUCCCGGAUGCUCUAUCUCGCUCUCCUGUUGGCUACCCAACGCAGGCUGACGAAGUCCUUGGCACUGAUACCGGCUUCCAAGUUAAGAGUAUCGUUACACUACGUGCGAUGGAGUCUCUUGCUCCGUUGGUGCCUCCUGAUGUUGCAGAAGCACCUCCUGGCAGUGACCUUGCCCUUGAGGAGCUUCGUAAGGUGGCAACCGAGGACCCCGAGUACGUCCAGCUCCUUCAUUUUGUGAAGAACGGAUUCCCUAUGGACAGAUACGCCCCUCCCCAACGUGCUCCGCCCGUACUGGAAGUUACGGGAGGACCUCUACUGUGA